AGUUAUUAUAAUAUUUACCAAUUUGUUAUCACGCCAUUUCCGUAAAUAUUAUUCUGCUUAUGAAACUGUCUAUUGCGUGUAGUGUUAAAGUCACUAGAGCAAUUUGUUUAUCUAAUUGACGGUCGAUAUUUCAUAUAAAAUAAGUUUCAAACUCGUAACCUCCAUUAAAGUCGGUUUACCGUUGCGAAAAUGUUUCUAAAAAUUCAAAUUUUUGUUGCUCUGUUGACCGUGCUGGGCAUGAGUCUCGGGCUUACUAGUGCUUUCAGUGAUCGCGCCCGGGACAAUGGCGAUAUAUUUAUAAUAAAUUACGAUAGCUUCGAUGGCGAUGUGGAUGACAUAUCGACCACAACCCAAGCGCCUAGAGAAGCGGGCUAUAUUGAUUUUGACGAGAUUAUGCAUGCCUGUAAUGCUAGUUUUGUUACGCCCAUGUCGAAUGUGCUGCAGUUUAAUACCACAGGCAAGCUAUUCGAUGAGAAGGAUAUGACCAGCAUGUGCUACUUUCGCUGCUUCUUCGAAAAAGCUGGCAUAAUAGAAAACUUCAAGCUGAAUCCGGAUGUGGUGCGUAAAUAUAUGUGGCCAGCAACGGGUGAUUCCAUAGAGUUUUGUGAAUCCCAGGCCAUGGAUGAACAGAAUGCAUGUGUUAGGACCUAUACAAUUGCACAGUGUGCUAUGAUGCGUGCUUUAACAGAUGCCAGAAACACACCCAUGGUUUAAAUUCCAAAAAUCACUUGGAAACACAUAUAUGCACACAUAAUUGUGUAUAUAAAUUACAAAUAGUUUAUAGUAUGUAUUAAAAGUAAAAGCACGUUUCCGCACAGAGCAUUAA